CAAAGAACGCUGAGAUGCAGGGGCUUCUCUGAGCACAUAUGUGAGAGAUUUGGACUGUACGCCUUACCGAGUUUAUCCUGGAGUUAAUGGUGGGCUCUGCUCCUUGCAUUUUACCUCUGUUUUCCCUUUUUUGGACAAAAUGUAUGAACGACACAAGAGGCGGUACAGCCUGUGUGACAUUUCCAAGGUGGACAGGACUGUAGAUGUUGUGUUGUUAAAGAUAAAUCGCGAAAGCUGGUGUUCAAUAGAGCCAUGUUCAGAUCCUUCACUGCUGGAGCCGACGCAAUCCCCAGAAUGUGAAAAUUUUCUGGAAGAUGGGCUGAGUGGAGACUGUGCCUCAUCGCAGGGUGUCCUGAAAAGAGGAACUGGAAGCGAGUCUGAACUCUUCCCCUUGCCUGGCGAUGGGAUGGAUGACAUCGUCUUUGGAAAGCCUGAAGAGGAACAGUCUGCUUGCGAUGUCACCAGUUCCAGCUCAUCGGCAGACGACACAGUCUCUUUGGAGAGGAAUUCCUCUCUUGGGAGUGACAUAUCCCUUCCACAUGCUCUAAACCUCAACAGGCCUAAGGAGAGGCACACUCUGGAUGGAAACGGCAUUGACAUGGGAGCCGCAGGGGGACGGGAGAGUGAACUUGGUGGCUCGGGCGAGAUGGAAGAAGAGAUGGACAGUAUUACAGAAGUGCCUACCCACUCCUCUGUCUUAAGAAACUCCAUGCGACCACUGUCACCAUUCCGACGGCACAGCUGGGGGCCGGGGAAGAAUGCUGCCAAUGAGGCAGAAAUCAAUCACAGGAGUUACAGCCUAGAAGGCCUUGCAGGAGACUCCGAUGAUAAUAAGAAGCCCUCCUCAAAUUUAGAGACUUCCUCUUUGAGUUCCAAAGACCUCAGGCGAAGUCCACUUGCUAGUGACGAACGUGGCUCCUUGGUCUCACUCACUGAAGAGGAAGUAGAAUCUGAGCAGGGGGAAAUCAGAGGCUUUGACCGUCAGAUAUGCCAAAGAUCACAGCCGCAUGGAUUUAGUUUCUGUACUUCUGCCACUUCUCCGCUGACCAAAUCCAUUUCGCUAAUGACAAUCACUCAACCAGGACUAGACACUGAGAUCUAUGAAUAUACAUGGCUACUGGAAAAAGAGAAAGAUAAGGAGAAGACUAAAGAGAAGGACAAAGAUUCCAAGGAGAAAGAAAAAGACAAGAAGAUGUUAAAUGGACACCUCUUCAGUGCAACCCCUACCGUGGGUCCAGUCAACUGUUACCACUGUAUGAAACCUUUCAACAAAGAUUCACACCUCUGUGCAAACUGCAAUGCAAUUGUUCACAAAGGCUGUAAGGAGAGUCUCGCAUCCUGUGCAAAAGUCAAAAUGAAGAUACAAAAAGGGAUGCUUCAGGCACACGAUACCUCUUCGUUACCCACAGUAAUUAUGAGAAACAAGACCUCACAACCUAAGGAGCGCCCUCGGUCUGCAAUACUUGCCCCUGAUGAAAACACAGUAACCUCAAUAUUCAAUAACAGGAGAUCACAGCAGACCACAACACUUUCAAAAAGCGUCUCAAUACAGAACAUUGCAGGAGUUGGUAAUGAUGAAAGCAUAAUACAGACUUGGAAAUUCCUGUCACAGUCAACAGACUCUUUACAUAAAAUCAGCCGAGUGAAUGAAUCCACGGAGUCGCUAACUGAUGAGGGUGCAGACAUGAAUGAAGGACAGCUCAUGGGGGACUUUGAGAUGGACUCCAAGCAGCUGGAGGCAGAAUCCUGGAGUCAAGUAGUGGACAGCAAGUUUUUGCGGCAGCAAAAGAAGGAUAUCGUCAAACGGCAAGAUGUCAUAUAUGAGCUGAUGCAGACAGAGAUGCAUCACGUCCGCACUCUGAAGAUCAUGAGUGAUGUGUACAGCAGGGGGAUGAUGCAGGAGUUGCAGUUUGAACAGCAAAUGGUGGAAAAGGUCUUUCCUUGCCUGGAUGACUUGCUGAACAUCCACAACCAGUUCUUCCAGCGCAUUCUGGAGAGGAAGAAAGAGUCCUUGGUGGAAAAAAGUGAAAAGAACUUUGUUAUCAAGAGGAUAGGAGACAUCCUGGUGAAUCAGUUUUCUGGUGAGAAUGGGGAGAGAAUGAAGAAAACUUACGGCAAAUUCUGCGGGCACCACAACGAGGCUGUAAAUUAUUUCAAAGACCUGCAGUCAAAAGAGAAGCGGUUUCAGGCAUUCAUCAAGAAAAAAAUGAGCAGCACGGUGGUGAGGCGCCUGGGGAUUCCUGAGUGCAUCUUACUAGUAACUCAAAGGAUCACAAAGUAUCCCGUGAUAUUACAAAGAAUAUUACAGUAUACCAAAGAAAACGAAGUGGAACAUCAAGACUUGACCCAGUCACUAAACCUGGUUAAAGAUGUGAUUGCUGCGGUCAAUAGCAAAGUCAGCAACUAUGAAAAGAAAACACGUCUUACUGAGAUCUACACCCGGACGGACAGCAAAUCCAUCAUGAGGAUGAAGAGCGGCCAGAUGUUUGCCAGGGAGGACUUGAGACGUAGGAAACUCAUCCGAGAUGGGCCUGUCUCACUGAAGCACACAGCUGGGAGACUGAAAGAGGUCCAGGCUGUCCUCCUCUCAGAUAUGCUGAUAUUUCUUCAGGAAAAGGACCAGAAGUAUGUCUUUGCCUCAUUGGACCAGAGAUCCACUGUAAUCUCUCUGAAGAAACUGAUUGUACGAGAAGUGGCCCAUGAGGAAAAGGGUUUAUUCCUAAUUACCACCGUAGUGAAAGAUCCAGAGAUGGUAGAAGUCCAUGCCAGCUCCAAGGAGGAACGCAAUAGCUGGAUACAAAUAAUUCAGGACACAAUUAACACCAUGGACAAAGACGAAGAUGAAGGAAUCCCUAGUGAAUCAGAACUGGAAAAGAGAGUGUUGGACACCAAAGCCAGAGAAUUAAAAGAACAGCUUCAGCAGAAAGAUCAGCAGAUCCUAGCGCUGCUGGAGGAAAAGGAGAAGAUUUUCCGGGAUAUCACGGACUGUAGCAUGCAAGAGGAUGGCUCGGUCUCCAGAGUGCUGUUCAGGUCCAAUACGGAGGAGGCACAAAAAGGGGAGACCAUUAUGAAAAGUGCAAUAAACGAGGUUGAAUAUUUGCAAAGCUUGAUCAGUAGAAGUCUAGGGAGUGCACUUGGGGCUGCUGACCUGCUGCCAAACUCUGAGCAAGAAGGGGGAGUCGGCCCCAUCUCCCUUCCUAGAAGAGCAGAAACUUUUGGAGGAUUUGACAGUCAUCAGAUGAAUGCAUCCAAGUGUGGAGAGAAAGAUGAAGCUGAUGAUGCUCAGGAUCUUCGGAGAACAGAAUCAGACAGCAUUUUGAAGAAGGGGGGAAAUGCUAAUUUGAUGUUCGUGUUGAAAAGAAACAACGAGCAUGUUCUCCAAAGCAUUACCUACCUCCACAACCUGCUCAGCACUCUGCAGGGAGUCGUGUUGCAGCAGGAUACUUAUAUUGAGGAUCAGAAGCUGGUUCUCAGUGAGAGAGCGCUGACACGGAGCUCCUCCCGGCCAAACUCCUUGAUCGAGCAGGAGAAACAGCGGAGCCUGGAGAAGCAGCGCCAGGAGCUGGCCAACUUGCAGAAGCAGCAGGCUCAGCACCAGGAGGAGAAGCGGAGGAGAGAGAAGGAGUGGGAGGCCCGGGAGAAGGAGCUGACCGAGCGGGAAGUGCGGCUCGCCCAGCGAGAGGAGCAGGCACAGAAGGGGUACCGGGAUCUGGAAAGGGAGAGGGAAGAGCUGAAGCUGAAGAAAGAAGCCUACCAGCUGGAUCUGGAGCGGCUGCGAGCAGCACAGAAACAACUGGAGAGGGAGAAGGAGCAGCUCAAGAGAGAUGUGGAGCGAUUACCCCCAGUGCAGACGGAGCCUGACCUCAGACAGGUUUCAAACCCCCAUGAUAAAACGGUGAGGAUCCCCUCCCAGCCCACCGCUGAGGACUCCAAGCAGCACAGUUCUUCCCUUCCCAAACAGGGGCACUUUGAUGCAGGACUGUCUGUGUCGCCCAAAAGGAACAGUCUCUCAAGGACACACAAAGAGAAAGGCACUUUCCACUUGCUUAGCGCAACGAACCAGACUAACAAGGCAGCUGAGGUGCAGCAGCCCACCCGCCUCUUCGGUUUAUCCAAGCCAAAGGACAAGAAGGACAAGAAGAAAAAGGGCAAAGGACACCGCUCCCAACCUGCUGAUGCUCAUUCAUCAGAAGCACCACCAGAUGGCGAGGAGAUCUUCUGCUGAAUGUCUGCUCCUAAUUCUGCAGGGAUGAGCCUCCCUCUCCACUGUACUGUGUUAGAAGCUGUACAUGCAUCUGAUGGGGCCAAAGCAUGAGCAGCUCUCCCUCUGCACAUCAGUCAUUCUCAGCCUUUGUACAGUGGAAACCUCCCCGCCCACAUUUUGCAGCACGCUCCUGCACCCCACCAGCUAUCUGUGUGUUAAAUAAAACGUUUGUAAAGGCUGCACAUGGUGGGAAAAGGGCUCUGUCCUGCGGUUUUUUAUGAAUUCUGGCUGCAGAGGCUGACCACACUGCAAACAGCACCCACUCCGGGUGCAAAUCUUGGUUGAAAGUAGGAAUAGAUGUUCCCAGUCUCCUCUUACUGCUAAAGGAUGAAAGACUAUUGCCCAAAGGGUCUGUGCCUCCAAAUUCUCCUUCUCUGGGGAAUACAACCAAAACCAAGCAUUUAGCAAAAGGCCAGGACUCUGAAAAUGGUGCGUACACACUGGCAUAUAGAUAUACUAUAUAUAUAUAUGUAAGUGUCUAUGUAUUCACUGGGAUAUACUUACAGUCUGUACAGACAAGCUGGGUUAGCUUAGCUCGGCCCAAUGAUACCUGAUGACUUUCAGGGAGCAUGUAGAUAUUAAAUAUCUUAGCCUUAAUGCUCAGAGUGUAUCUUUAUUGGCCCUCAUGCCCCUUCCAAGCACAUUGUAUGUUACAUGCUUCAUUUCAGAAAGGUACCAAACACUAGGCAGCAGCAACAGUGUAAAAAAAAAAAAUACAAUCAAACGUUACUCCCAAAGGAUUUCUUUGGGGCAGAGGAAUUAAAAUUUAAUCCAUUUGGAGCACCAAACAAAAUGUCUUUGGAUGUGUUAAAAACACAAUCCAGAAAGGAAAAAGGAUGCUGUACUUGUGAAGUAAUCCCAGGAAGCCAGAACAGACCGUGUUCAAGUGACAACUGCUUUUUAAUGUGUGUGAGUUACAGUCUAUUCCCUCCUCUUCCAGAGCAAGGCUUUCUUUGUCAGAUUACGUUUCUCCGGCAAGAUGUCAUUUGGGAUCAACACUGUCUUGUUACAAAUUCACUGUCCCAUCAUAAAAACCCAUGAGAACCUUCCAUUCGGGAAUCACUUUUUUUAACCUACUGCCUGUGAUUUUCUUCCCCUGGCGUUUCUUAGUGAUGCCAUCUGUAUGAUCACUGGGCUUCUGUUUCUCCAGAUUCCGUCAGCUCGUAUAGCUCAUUUCUAACCCAAAGCAACUUCAUAGCAAUUUCCAGAGCACUCAAACAAGAUGGCAGAGGUUGUAACCUGAGGUGGGGAAUAACUUGUGUGAACAGAUGAACAGGAAGGAACAUAAAGCCUAGUAUUUAUGCACGUACAGUCCUGUGUGCUUACAUACACUUACUGGGGAGACAGUGUCCCCUAAUGGGCUGAACGUUCAGGAGGCCAGAGUCCUGCUCCCAGUACCAUCAUUGACUCACUGUGUGCAAGUCUCCUAGCCGCUCUUUGCCUCAGUUUCUCCAUCUGCAAAAUUGGGAUCAUAAUCAUUCCCUGUGAGAAUUAGCAGAUGUGCCCCCAAUGCAUUCACGAUGCAAGGUGUUAUACAAAUGCUAAGUACGGUGGUAAUGUGUGAAGACCAAGGGAGAUACAUGCACAAAGCUGAAUUGUUUCUAAAUUCUGUUCUUUCCACACACCUCAGGAGAUUUGCCUAAGCAGAUUUGUAAAUGUCAUGAGACUCUAUCCACUUUGAUCCCUUGAGCAGUUUGAAGCUGUUGUGGUCAUUUCUUUUCCCACAGAUUCUCCUUUUUAAAAAAAAAUUUGCACUAUGUUUUGAUUCUUAUUUGCUUUAUAUCUCCUCACAUGCUAGUUACAUGCAGUAGAUUUCAGAAUUCAGUGCUAGCCUUUUUAAUAACGAGCAACAGCAACAUGGGUGCUUAGAUUGGUCUGUCUGGAUCAGUGGACUCCUGAAUAGCCUGCUUGCUUUUGAAGCUCUCUAAACAAUUCAUACUCAAAAAACAAAACAAAAAAAAAGAAGUAAGAUGUUUUCUGAGGUUAUGUUUUUGUUUUGUUUUUUUAAAUAUUAUUUGGUGCUUGUUCUUAAUUGCAAGCUGGGCUUGCAAAAAUAUUUAUCUUUCUGUUUAUUUGAAAGAGGUCUGGUUUAGAAAAAAGUUUAUUUUGUUUUAUUUUUUUAUUUUUCUUUUGUUUUUUUAAAGAUGAGCUCUAUCAACCCAAUGGUUUUAUUUUGUCAUUGCACAGUACAAAACCAGGGUAUGUUCAGUGCUGCAUAGCAGCCCGUGUCCUGCCUGAAGAGCGGUUAGGUACAAGUGAUUCCGGCUGGAGAGCUGCUUUCAAGGCAAAGUAUCUCCAGGCCAGAUACAAAUUUGGGAAGAGAGGCAGUGGUUUUUGUAUGGAACCUUGCUGGCCCUCCGUUUUCUUGUUUAAACAGGUUUGUGUUAUAUAUUCCCAUACCUCUUUGAGGCAAGGUAAAAAGCCAAAUAUUGCUCUUGUUGGAAGGGCCUGAUUCGCUGCCGUUGAAAAUCAAUGGGUGUCUUUCCAUUGGCUUCAGCGGGCAUUGAUUCAUGCCCUAAGGCUGGAGUGUGAGUUUUAGAAAUAGGAAAAAACAACAGCCACAGCUAAUUUAAAGAACCUCUGCCCUAAUAUUCACCUGCUUGUGAAAGUGAAUGUGCUAAAAGGAAAUUUGGGAACCCAAUCCAGUGUAUGGCAUGGUUACCAAUUUGUACACACAACUUGUCUGGCUGGUAUUUUUGAAGGAUCCCAUUUAGUUUGUAGGACCGUUUGCCCGUGUGAGUGCUUUCUUCUGCCCCAGUGAUACAUGUCCUCUCCACAAAGCCAGCACUUCCUGAACUUACGAAACAGCACACCUAAAUAGAGGCACCUUCCCCAAGGGCAGUGGGGAUGAAUUGCUUCUCUCUCUAGUCCUAUUGUAAAUAGAAUGGCAUUCAAUGCACUGUAUAAGCUCAGUCUGGAUUUCACCAAGCAGAUGGCUGCCCAUGUUGUUAAAGUUAUUUGUGUUUGUAUUGUGGUGAACAGAAACCCUUUGUCAUUGGAGGAUACAAAUUGUUGCGUGAUUGGAUUAUAUUCGAUUAAAGACUGUAGUCCCGCCCUCCUCUUUCCUCCAUUUUCUUUCAUUUUUAGGGAACUGAAGGUUGGGUUUUUUUUAUCCAUUUUGCUCAAGUUUUCCUUGAAAAGUUGGAACUGGUCCAUGGAGAUGGAUUCCCACUCUGAUCCCUGCAGAUUAUCCAGCAUUACCCAGAUAGUGCAUGGUCCCAGGUGUAGUGUUAAGUGGGUCAGUUUUAGCAGCACCAAUGUU